GCGAACCUGCACGUGAAGACGAUGAUUAGUGGAUGAUACAAUCUGAUACGAUCUAUGUGGUAUACAUCAAAACAUACGACGAUGAAGUGACAAUUUUGCAAAUGUCGUAUUUCUUAGAUGAAUACGCAGAAAUUUUUUGCGAUUGAAUUUGAUUCACCUUAACAGAAGAGGGAUAACGUGCCGCCGAAAUCACAUUGACAUUUCAUAUUGCAAUCCUGUCACAAGAAUAUGAUGACUACAUUAAGUUGUUGGAAAUGACAUGUAUAAAUAUGGCAGUUGUGUAAAUAAUUAUCACACACAUUUCUUUGAAUCCUUUUCGUGAAAGCUACUUAUGUGAUAUUAAAAAAUGUCACAAGGGAACGGUGCUGCUGUUGCAGUACCUAACAAUCAAAACGGCGCAGUACCACACAAUCUUCACAGUCUUGCUGGUGUGAUAGGACCAGUUUUAAAUAAUAAUAAUAUGAAUAUAGCUAGAAAUAACAAUAAUCAAAACCCAUUGAUUAAUGUUCGGGACAGAUUAUUUCACGCAUUAUUUAUCAAAGCAGCGCUAGCCUAUGCACGAACAUUUCCAAGGCCUGUCAGGAGAUUUAUAGAAUUUAUGAUUCUUGUCAAGGCAAUAAUAGCAUUUUUUAUAUUGGCUUAUAUCCAUAUAGUAUUUUCGCGUGCACCAACUAAUUGCUUAGAACAUAUAAGAGAUGAAUGGCCACGGGAUGGUAUAUUGAGAGUUGAAAUUCUCAGGAAUGGUGGUGAGGAUUAUAGUAUAGAGAAAAGUUAUGCCAAAGAGGAAAAAUUGAGACAGGAAAAAGUUGAUGAUUUAACUAAUACUUUGGGCAUAUUAACCAGAGAUGGAUUUAUAAAUAUUGAACCAUCGGCUGUUGAUGAAGAACGGGACACUACAAAUGCAUCUGUUGAAGAGAGUCAUGAGAACUUAACAUCAUUUGAGCAAGAUAUAAGAAGUGCAACAGUUUCUGGGGAAACGCAAAAUUCUGACCUAAGCACGACAAAUACAACAAUGAGCUUAUCAUUACCAACUAAACUUUGGAAUGAUUUAAAUACAGCUAAAGAAAUAUCAUCCGAUGAAAAGUCAUCCGUUCCAAGUAUGGAAGGUAAUUCCACAGAAGUGCCUGAAGCCAGUAAUCAUUUAAAUGAAGAUAAUAUACCUUUAAAAGAUCGUACAGCGGACGUUGAUAAAAUAGCUAGGACAGAAGAUGGCUACAUUGUGGAAUAUUCAUUGGAAUAUGGUUUCUUGCGAUUAUCACCAGCAGCUCGACAAAGACUAAACAUUCCAGUCAAAAUUGUCACUUUGGAUCCAUCAAAUGACAAAUGUUUUGGUGAUACAUUUUCAAGAUUGAUAUUAGAUGAAUUUUUGGGUUACGAUGAUUUGUUAAUGGCAAGCAUCAAAACAUUAGCGGAACAUGAAGACAAUAAGGGUUUCUUACGGAACGUGGUCACAGGAGAACAUUAUCGAUUUGUGAGCAUGUGGAUGGCGCGAACAUCAUACUUGGCCGCAUUUUUCGUCAUGCUCGUAUUUACGGUCUCAAUCUCGAUGUUAUUGCGCUACUCGCAUCACCAGAUCUUUGUCUUCAUUGUUGAUCUCAUACAAAUGCUGGAGUUUAACUUAAUUGUCUCGUUGCCGGCGGCUUCCUUAUUGACAGUAAUUUUGGCAUUAGUGGGAAUGGAGGCGCUUAUGUCCGAAUUUUUCAAUGACACAACCACCGCGUUUUACAUAAUCUUGAUAGUGUGGCUUGCCGAUCAAUACGAUGCCAUCUGCUGCCAUACAGCUCUGACGAAGAGGCAUUGGUUAAGAUUCUUCUAUCUGUAUCACUUUUCUUUCUACGCAUACCAUUAUCGAUUUAAUGGACAGUACAGCAGCUUGGCGCUCAUCACGUCCUGGCUCUUUAUACAGCACUCGAUGCUCUACUUUUUCCAUCAUUACGAGCUACCGGUGAUCCUGCAGCAGGCGCAGCUGCAGCAACUCCUGUUUCGCAAUCACGCCCAGCCUCAGCAGGCGCAGCCAGCGACGCCCAGCACGACCCCAACCACCCCGGGACCCGGGUCGACGGCGACGCCUUCGUCUUCGCCGAGUCCGAACGACUCGUCGACGCCUACGACGGAGCAGACGCAGCACAAUUACAUCGCCGAGCUGUCCCAAUUCGAUCCGGAGCCUAGCUCCGCUCCGGAAGAAGGACACGUCGACGCCGAGCGGACGUCGGCCGAGUCGUCGUUGACGUCGACGGAUCAUCAAGACAGUUCUGUUCAAGUGUCGGAGGACGCGACAGCGGUGUCUUCCGUCGCGAAGAUGGACGCGGUUCCUUCUCCAACUUCCGGACCUGCGGGUUCGUCCGCCGACACUUCGUCCUCCGAAGGCUUCGAGGUCAUCGAGUCUGCGGAGGAUGUGCGUAAUAAGGAAACGACGUCUACCGAGGACAAGAAGGAACAUUAGAUUUUGUGGAAUAUGAUGACACGACUGGAGAACGCAAAAGAGAGUAGUCACUCUCCCUGCGGGAGAUUGACGCGAUUAUCCUAUUUUCGAAGGUAAUGUGCAAUUAUAAUCUUUACGUUAGAAACGAAAGACAAGCAAGUUUUGAUUUCGACGUGGAUAAGCUUUAGAGAAUGUUUAUUUGAGAAUGAAUAGGUAUCGCGGGUUUCUUAAAGUCGGAACCGAUGGAGGAAGAGAGGCAGAGAUUUAAUAUGGCGCGGCGCGCCGUACUAAUAUAUACGAAAUAAAUUUUUAAUGGGGGACAAAUAUAUCGGGGAUUAUACAAUAUAUCGGAUUUAAAAACUGCACUCGACAAUUCGAUGUUAGAUUCGUUAAACUUACAUAUUAGUAGUUAGUUAUUAAGAAUGUAAAACUUCAAGAUGGAUAAGACACGAUCACAGAAAAAAAGGAAUCCUGGAUUCAAGUAUAUUUUUAUUCUCGAACA